AUGGAAUUAAAUUCUUAUUUGAUUGAAAUAAAGACAGCAGCAAUUACGUCAUAUGAUAUUUUAUUUAAUACAAAGAAAACGGCUUCGCCGUUUAGGAUUAUUGCAGGGGUUAUUUUAGAAUGUGGAAGAUGUACGUCAGCUUAUACUAGAGGGAUGUCAGUGGUCGCAUAUUUGCCGAGUUCAUUGAAUUUAGAAAUGGUAAGGGGUGGGGAGUUUGUGUCGGCUUAUAUACCUGAGCUUUAUUUAAUAAAGAAACCGGUUGAGCUGUCUUAUGAAACAGCUGCUAUUGGAAUUGCUAGUGGGAUUAGAGCACUUACGGCUUUGCAUUACUGUUUAGGAGUUUUAGAAGGAGAAAACAUUUUAAUUAUAGGAAGCCCAGACCUUGUCCCAAUUCAUAUAGCAAACUCAUUAGGCUUGGUCACUUAUUUUACAGGAAAAGAUGACAUAAAAGCUAGAUCACAUUAUAUACAAGAUUUCCCAUUUUCUUUAAUACAAGAAACAGGCGGGCUAGGGGUUAAUCAUAUUUUAGAUUUUUCUCUAUCACAUUCUGCUGAACAUAAAAUAAAUAUCAUAAGCUGUUUAGGACUCAGAGGAAAAUGAUGCAUAUGUGACCCAAAUUUGCAGCUUGACCCUCCAGAAAGCUACCAACUUUAUAUGAGAAAUUCAAGCUUGUGCUAUUUCAAUGAAGAUAUUUGGACACAUAAUGGAGUUGAGCAUGGGAAAUUUGUACAUCUAAUGAAUUUAACUUUAAAUAGACUAAAAUCAGGCAUUUUUGAAGCAAAACCACAAAGAACUUAUUUAGUAAAUCAAAUCCAUGAGGCGCUUACAGAUUUCACGAGCGAUCUUAUUUUAAUUAAAUCUUCAUAA